AUGGCCAACAUCGCACUCGCUCGCGCAUACCAGCAAUCCUUUGAGACCCACCCCUAUACGACGCUCGCCUUCACCAACGGCGCGCUCAACGCCUUCGGAGACGUCGUCGCCCAGUUCACCCAGAAAUUCGUUGAUAAACAAGAGGAGAAACGUCGGUCGACGCACUGGCAUUAUGACAUUCCCCGCACGCUGCGCUUCUUUGCCUUCGGCUUCGGAAUGGGCCCUGUUAUCGGUCGAUGGAACUUCUUCCUUGAAAAGAACUUCCCUUUGCGUACGCUAGGCGGCAAGACUGGCAAGGUGAGCGUGCGUGCGCUCGCCAGGCGCGUCGGCGCCGACCAGCUCCUCAUGGCCCCCAUUGGUCUUUCACUGUUCAUUGGGUCAAUGGGUAUCAUGGAGGGCCGCGACGCAAAGCACAUCGGCCAGAGGUUCAGCGACCUCUACAAGCCCGCUAUCCUCGCCAACUGGCAGGUCUGGCCCCUCGCGCAGCUCGUUAAUUUCCGCUUCAUGCCGCUGCCGUAUCGUGUCCCCUUCCAAUCGACGUGCGGCGUGUUCUGGACGUUGUACCUCUCCCUGCUUAACGCGAAAGAGGACGAAGUCCAGGAUCGCGACGAUGGCAUGCGGCGCACACUGAAGUGA